AAGUAUAAGUACUUAUCUACAUCAUAGCACUUACGGAAGAACAAACUUGUCAAUUUUGAAGGAUACGUAUGUACCAUCCAGUCAAGUUGACCUUUGUGACUGGAACAAAUAGAAAUACCAUAUAUCUACCUACCGAUCAUUACCUAGAAAUUUGGCCGCAUGUGGACUACACAUCUAGCAGAUUAACGACACGAUGGCGAUUCCUUGGGGGACUAUCAAGUCCCUCCUCAUAUUCUUCGGCCCUAUCCUCCUCCCCAAAGCCAUAAGCUACUACCGAUCCCUUCGCGAUGGGCCCCGCGUUGCUGGUAUAUCCAUCCAACCUCUCCCGCAUGACGCCCGUCGAGGCAUCGCCGUCCUCGUCACAAGCGCCCUAACAUUCUUCUCCCUCACCCUCCUCUUUACCCCCGAAAAUGUAUUCAAACGAACACAAUCCCGCCUCCAAAUCCCAACCGACGUACUCUUCAACCGCCUAGCCUCACUGCGCCCCAACAACGUCCUAACAGCAACCGACGACGCCCUACGCGCGCGCUUCGUAAACCUCGAGUCUCGGCUCCUAUACCUACAAUUCGGGCUGGACGCCCUAUCCCAAUGUCCAUUCUGCAACGCCGAAGAUCCACGGUCCUAUUUCUACUACGCACUACCCGCGCUAUUAGCACCGCAUUUAAUAAACCUAGUCCUCGCCUCCCUCGCGACCUCCGGCCUAAUAGCAGGUCAAACCCACGGCCCGAUAUGGCGCACCACAGCCGCCGUGAGCAGCGGGUUAAUCGCUGCGUUGGAUUUAUAUUUAACAAACUCAUAUAACCACCAAACCAACGCACGUGCCACGCGGCUCGGCGAGUUAGACAUGUUUUUCUGGGACGCGCGAACAUAUCGGUAUCUAGCCCUGACCUUGCUCAACGCCCUCCUAGCCACGCUUCUCUACCUCUCGAGUACGAACCGCGCUUUCGUAACCCCGCCUAACCCCGCAACCCGUGUCGACGCCGUAACCCGGCAACUGCAAGGCACGAAGAGUCGUCUCAACGCAGUGGGUAUAGUAAAGAACGCUACGACGAGGGAUGAGGAGCUUCGCGCGCGCACUGCGGCGUACUGGACGCAUGAGGGCCGGUUGAUGCGCGAGGUUAUGGAGGAGCGCGAUGUGGUUGAGGGGGUUAAUGAUGCGUUGCAGAAUCGUAUUAAUAUCCAGGAUAUCACGCGUGAUGCUGAUGCGUAUGUGUUGAAUGUAUUACCCCGGGUAGAUCCCGCGGGGGCGCCAGAGACGAUGGUGGGGUGAAUGGUGGGAUGGGAUGGGGUUGGAGAGGAUUGCUAGUAUUUAGAUAGAAAUAGAUGGCCAGAAUCAUAUUUAAUUAGAUUCAUAUGUGAAGAUGCUAGCUGGGGUGAAGUGAAAUAGAUCAUGUAUACGUGAAUGUAAUACUAUAAGAUAUGCCAGUCUCUAAGUUUAUCGGUUGAUUCUAAGAGACAUGGUUCAGCUACAUCGAAGCACGACUCAUUCUAAAGAAAGCAGACAUAGUAGUAUAUGAAGGCAUAACUA